CCUCGGCAGCAGCUAAGCUGCACAGUCGACAUGGCAAGAAAAUAUCGCAACAGUUUCCUAAAGAAAGAUGAAAAUCUUCCAAGUCUUUUGGAAUGAUAUUCAUCACGCGAUGUGAUCCAAAAUCCACAAUGUGUGAGGACAUUUAAGAACAAUUGAGUUCGGAAGAAAAAUUCUUGAUUCCAGUGGAAUCUUCCAUAUAUAUAUAAAUAUAUUAUUAUUAUUAGAUUUUUUUCUGUGUUAAAGCUUACAUACCUUUACACACACUUGUCCCAUCAACAUAUAACCAUGCCAGUGCAAGCACCACAAUGGACAGAGUUCCUGCUGUGCCCAAUCUGCACACAGACAUUUGAGGAGACUGUUCGCCGGCCCAUCAGCUUGGGCUGUGGACAUACUGUCUGCAAGAUGUGCCUGAACAAGUUGCACCGUAAGGCCUGUCCCUUUGACCAGACAGCCAUUAGCACAGACAUCGAGCAGCUACCUGUCAACACAGCCCUGUUGCAGCUGGUGGGAGGCCAGGUUCCUAAGGCUCAGCCAGUUGCCUUGAUUACAAGUCCAGAGGACUCGCAGCAUUAUGAGGAGGCCAGGCAGUGUGUGGAGGAGCUGGCCCUCUACCUCAAACCUCUCAGCAACACCAGAGGUGUGGGUCUGAGCAGCACGGCCCAGAGCAUGCUGAGUCGACCCAUGCAGAGGAAACUGGUAACUCUGGUCCACUGCCAGCUGGUGGAGGAGGAAGGCCGUGUUAGAGCCAUGAGAGCUGCCCGCUCUCUGGGUGAGCGAACUGUCACUGAACUCAUCUUGCAGCACCAAAAUCCACAGCAGCUCUCCUCCAAUCUGUGGGCCGCUGUGCGUGCACGAGGGUGUCAGUUUCUAGGCCCAGCCAUGCAGGAGGAAGCUCUGAAGUUGGUCCUUCUUGCUCUAGAGGAUGGCUCUGCGCUGUCCAGGAAGGUGUUGGUUCUUUUUGUAGUCCAGAGGCUUGAACCACGUUUCCCGCAGGCCUCUAAGACUAGCAUAGGCCAUGUGGUGCAGCUCCUCUACAGGGCCUCCUGCUUCAAGGUGACCAAACGUGAUGAAGACUCAUCCCUGAUGCAGCUGAAAGAGGAGUUCCGUACUUACGAGGCUCUGCGGCGUGAGCACGACUCUCAGAUAGUUCAGAUUGCCAUGGAGGGUGGACUGCGCAUCGCACCUGACCAGUGGUCUUCUCUGUUAUAUGGAGAUCAAUCUCACAAGUCACACAUGCAGUCUAUCAUAGAUAAGCUGCAGACCCCGGCGUCUUUUGCCCAGAGUGUCCAGGAGCUGACGAUUGCGCUACAGAGGACCGGAGACCCAGCCAACCUCAACAGGCUGCGGCCCCACCUGGAGCUAUUAGCCAACAUUGAUCCAAGUCCUGAUGCUCCCCCUCCCACAUGGGAGCAGCUUGAGAAAGGGUUGGUAGCAGUUAAAACAGUGGUGCACGGCCUGGUGGACUUUAUCCAGAACCACAGCAAGAAAGGAGCGGACCCUCAACAGCCUCCUCAGCACAGCAAGUACAAGACAUACAUGUGUCGUGACAUGAAGCAGAAAGGAGGCUGUCCUCGUGGGGCCAGCUGUACCUUUGCUCAUUCUCAGGAAGAACUGGAAAAGUAUCGUAAGAUGAAUAAGCGUCUGGCAGCUCGCCUCCCUGGCUCUGGAGGGCUCAUGCCAGAUGAGGGCCUUCCUCUUGAUGUAGCAAUGACCCGGAAGCCUUCACCCCUAUCCAACGGCAGUGGUGGUCCCUCUUUGCCCCAGCUCAUUGCCCGUGGAACCGACACAGUCCCGUACGAACUUUUGCGCAAACCAGUGAAGAUGGAUGGAGGGAGUCCCAGUGCUCCCGGAUCACCACCAGAUGCCCUUGACCCUGUGCUGCCCAAACCUGGUAUGCCUCUGCCACCUCAUGCCAUGGCCCACCCAAGGAUGCCAGUGGACCACCUCUCGGGGGUGAAGCACAUGACUGUAGUACCCAGAGGUUCACCAGUGUAUCCGCAGCCACAGCUCCCUGAGAUGUGCUAUGACACUCGCCCACCACCUUCUGCUUCUCAGUAUGAGCCUCCACAAUAUCCCACAGGGUACCCCUACCAACAACCACCACAGUAUGUCCCUCGGGAUUACAUGCGUAACCCUCCUCCCCCGAGUGAAUCAGGACCCCCUUACCAGGACCCCUACCCUGGCUACGGCCCUCCAGAGCGCCCCUACCAGGCCCCUCACUCUGGUCCACCUUUCUCUUACCCUCACCCUUCACACCAUGACCGCGGUCGCCACAGCACCUACACUGGCCCACCACCUCCCCCACAGCCUUACCCAUCUCAGAGGGAUGGCCUGGUCAGGAUGAGUCCUGCACCUUUGGAUAUCCCCCCUCAAUCAGCAGGACAGACUAACUCACUUUACCACCAGGAGCCCAGUGGCCGUGAUAGAUACCCUCCAGAUGGCUACUACACACCAGGUGCCCAACCUCCCCCUAUGAGGGCUUACGUCAGGGGACCAUCAUAUAGUGGUUCACAGCCCAGUCUGGACUACCUGCACCGACGUCGGCAGGAGCUGUUAUCACAGCUGGAGGAAAGAAAAGUCAUCUCCCCUCCACCAUUCGCUGCCUCCCCCACUCUUCCUCAUCCCUUUCCCAGCGACUACCCCCCAGAGUAUGGUGAGGAGAGCUCCAAAAACAUGGUGAAAUGCAGAGAGUCUGAUUAUGCAGGGCAGUACUCUCCCUGGUCUUGUGAGACCAUCGGCUCUUACAUUGGCACAAAGGACGCCAAACCCAAAGACGUUAUGGUUCCUGGUACCAUGGACAUGAUGAACGCGGAGGCAAAGGGUCUGAGGGAACCAUCUCUGGAGGCUCCUCGGAGGGGUGCAGAAGUUAAAGAUGAUGACCCUAUCAUCCCAUUUGGCCCUCAGCCCACUGUGUCGCGUUUCGGCGCCAUCUCCCGCACCUCAAAGACGGGCUACCAGACCACAGGCCCUGUGCAGGCUAUGGCCUCCACUCCACAAAACCCAAGCUCUAAACAUAUGGCCAUGCCAGCAGAAUACACAUAUGGAAGCCAUGUAGGAUGGGGUGGAGCUUCAUACCCCUCCCACCCAACUGCCGCCUCCACUCAGGGACACUUCAGUGAGCGCCUUCCUAUGGCAGACAGAGAACAGUUAAAGAUUGAGCUGCAGCAGGUCAACCAGCAGAUCAACCAACAAACCCAGAUGCGAAGCAUGGAGGCUGCCAGUAACUCUUUACUGCUGCAGAGGGAGGCCAGUGCAUUGGCAGGCCAGCCUGUGCAGCCCAGCCAGGGCCAAGCAGCAGCAGCAGCAGCAGCUCAGCAGCAGCAGCAACAGCAACAACCCAAGUGGCCAGCAGGGGGAGCAAGUACAGCAGCUGUCUCCAGUGAACAGCUAAGCCUGGAGCUCCACCAGGUGGAGAGAGAGAUCGGCAAGAGGACCCGUGAGAUGGCUUUGGAAAAUCAAGUAGCCCAUGAUGUGCAGCAGUACAAGAUGAAACCUGCAGAGAACGGACAACCAGAGCACAAGACUCAGCUGGAGGAAAUCUCCCUGGCUCUCGGCGAGGUGUCAAACGGCUCCAGCGGUCUGCAAGAAAGUGCAGUGGGCGGGUCCAUGCUGUCACUGACCAAUAAGACGUCUGCAUUGAACCUGUGCUCUGAUCCAGGUGCCACUGGUUCAGAGAUGCAGAAGAAUGGCGUUGUCCACUCCUGCUCGUAGGCAGUAAACACUUACACACACACACACACACACACACACACACACACACACACACACUCAAGAUGCUCAAUUGAAAAGCAUGCACAGGCACACAUACACCCAUUCUAUUUAGAAGAUGAGCAGUAUCUGCCGUGAUAUGAAUUUUCUUUCUUUUUGUUCUGUGAAUGAGCUUUUUUUAAUGACUUUCCUUGCCUGGAAACCAGAGCAUAUGAUAACAUUUCUUGUGUGUGUAAAUUUUCUUUUUCUUUUUUUUUUUUUGUACUGGGAUUAUAGAUAAACAAGGCUCACGAUCGAUGAAUCAGAAAGAGAAAAUGGUGGUGAUGUUGACAGUGGUAUUGUAAUUUCACUCUAAAAGGAUAGCCCCAUACAUCACAAUAACACAAUAACAGUCAAGUAUCUCUUCAUUAUCCCAAUAUAAGAUGUUUGAUUAAGUUGUGCUAGCACACAUGUAGAUGGACGGUUAGAUACAGAGCAGCAGAUUAACAAGCACCAUGAUAUGCACUGUGAGGAACUUCUCAUGCAAUCUGACUAUCUAUGAAGGUAUAGUAGGAACUGCAGAAGAGUGUCACUUGGUACUCAACCCCAGAAUCGUAAAAAAAAAGUGGUUGCCCAGAUGUAGAUGAUCUGAGGAGGGAAAAGCAGUACAGUAUUCCACCAGAAUUCAGCCGAGACGCAAGGUGUUUCACUUUUGCAACACAUGCACGUCCUCACCUGCCACAAGAAGUAUGAUUUUAUUAGUGCAUUUUAUGAACACAUCAUAUGUCUGUUUCAUACUUGAAAGCAGUAUAUUAUAUAUUUAACUGAAGCAUUCUGUUUUAAAGAUUGCACCAAGUCUUUUUGAUAAUGAGCUUUCCACAUGUUUUCUAUAAGGGAAUCUACUACGUGCUUCUCUUGGUCGUGGUGUGACCUGAUGUGGUUUGGUUGCAAUGCCUUUCGCCUGUGCUCUGUAGGGCUGCGCUCAGUCCUGGCCUGAUUACGUUGUGAGAUUCUUUCACAGCAUGCUCAAAAAUUUGGUUUAUUUUUGGGUGAAUGUACGCGAAUGGGCUGAAAGGGAGUGCAUCUUUCCGCUUCAGGAGUCAGGUGAAUGUCUUUAUAACGAAGAGGAAAACAAGGAUUUCCCUCCUCAGAGCUUCUCGGCUGGCCACACAAAAGGCCUCCCCAUUGGGAUUAUCUUGUCAUUUGUUCUCCUAACUUCUAUGAAGUUGCCUUCCCUUGUGUUUUUUGUUCAGUUUUGUUUGAUUUUUUUUUCAUGCAUUACGUUGUUACGAUUUUGGGGUGUGUGGCUUACCUAGUGAAGGCUCAGUAGAGCUUAGCUGAACGCGCGUCGUUUUCUCUGUCAUGGAAAUGGUUCCGAGCAAAACGUAUCGUUUGUACUCUUUGAAAGGUAACUGUUGUAGCGUUUUUAGCUACGCAGUACAUUUGAAAUCAUGUUUACAGCAGAGGAUGUUAGUGUUGGUUACUGAGGGGAAAGCAAAAUAAACCUCCACAAAUAGGAGAUUUGAUAAGUUAAUUUAUAUCACAGUGAGCAUAUGGAAGCAUUUUUAUUGGUGAGUAUUACGAUAUUCUUUUCACUAUCACAAUAUCCUUUUUACACCUUGCUGUCAUCAUCACCACCAUUACCACUAUAAUUGCUCUUUCUCCAUCAUGUGAAUUGUUUACUGCUGACGCUCAACACAGAGCUCUUUGCCUUUUGUAAACAAUUAGCAUGACGGGCUACAGUUUUACAGCUCUGCUGAGAGCGAGUGAGUCCUUGUGUGUGAACGAUUGAGGGAUAGAGACGCUCUGGGUCAAGCCGUUUAACACAGAGCCUUCGUUUUGGUCGGACGAGGGGGUAACUGACAGUUUGACAAAUGACUGAUGAGUCACAUAAAUAAAGACACAAUUGUUUUGUGUCCCUCAUCUGGGUUGUUUAAUGAGCAUCUCUUCAAAUUUGUCAGCGCCAUGAUAGUAGAUGUUUGGGUUUUUCUUUUUUUUUUUCUUACCACACUUCAAGCCUCUGGCUGCUCCUCGCUGCAUUUAUUGUUUAGGUACACAGCUCACUUAUACAUAUGAGUAUGUAUACAUACAUUAAUAUACUAAAGCACUAUUAAUGUGCCACCUCUUAUUUUACUCGCUCAGCAUUUAUAUUAAAUGAUCUCUAUUUAGAAUCAGCAAAAUGUUUUUGUUUCUUUUUGUUGUUUGAUUUGUUUUCUGUCCACUGGUUGCCAACACAGACUUUAUCCUUUCCCAGACGAAGGACCUCUGUGCGCAUUGAUGUGUGUUCACUUAAUCUUUUGUGUUCAAACAAAGAUGUUCUUUAUAGACUAUGCUUCCGAAGAAGACAAAAUUCUGUAACUUUGGAAAAUUUAUGGAGACGUUUUGUGUGUGCUAGAUUGUAUUGUAGAAAAUGUACCCUGAGUUUUUUUUCCUCAAAGUGUGCUAUUCUGGGUGAUAGUUUGGAGGUAUUAUAAAAGUGUUGGGGGUUUUUCCCACCCCUACCCCAAAGAGGAUAUUCAGGAAGUCUCUGAUGAUAGGUUGGCCUUAAAUCCUCUUGAAAUGCUCCUUGUCUGCUUUAGUGAGCAUGAGGUUGAUCUCAAAAAUACUAUUUAACAGUGAAUUGGCAUGAUUUAGAGUCAUACAGAUUGACUCAAGAAGAUUCCCCCCAUUUUGAUAAGUCAUGUAAAACAGCGACAUGCAAUAAUCUCAAGAAUAGAAGCUAAAUGCGUUCAUUAUUUUUUACGGAAAUGUUGUUGACCUAGCUCGGUUUGUAGUUCUUUUUUCUCUUUCUCUUGUUUUUCGUUUCUGCACUAGUUGAGUGAAUUUACUGACCUGCAAGUCUUACAGUCUUUAAUGCAUCAUCUGACCUGAGCUAAAAGAGUAUCUGAGUGACAGUCACACAAUAGUUUUGUUCUGUUUUGACAAGUAUUCACAUAAAAUUGGCCCACCAGCUUACUUCUGCUGUUAUAAUGCCAUGAAUUGGCAACACGUGAUGAUUAUUUAAUAUAUGGUUUCUCACUUUCUCUUUAAGAGCAAGUCAACUGAAACUAUCACAAAUGCUGAUUCUACCUGAUGGGUCCCAGCGGGUCAGAAUGAGCCUAAAAUGCCUUUAGCUUAGCAGAACUGACAUACAAUGACGUAUGGGGUGGUUUACUAUAUAGUGAAUAGCAGAGAUGUUCAUUUCAAUCUCCUGUGUGUUUUUGUUUUCUGAGUGGAACUGCUGCCUCUACCCCUCAUUUACAUAACCAGUUAACCCCUCCACUCCCACCCUCGACCACUGAACUCUGUUACUGCUGUUUGAGGCUCACAUUUUAUUCCCUGACUUUCUGGGGAAAUUCGCAAAUGGCUAUUUUAUAUGAUUACUCCCUUGUAAAAUAUCUCUUAAAUUAAGGUACAGGUUUGAUUUCAGCAAGAAAAAAGAAGUUUUUAUAUGUAUAUUAUACUCCAUUAAGGAAUGUCUAGAAUUAUCUUCCUCCAAUGUGGAUGUAGCCAUUAUUACGCCAUUUUAUGACUUUGUAAGAGAAUUCACUGUGUGAAAAUUGGUUUGCAUUUUUGUAUAAUACAAUCUGCUUUUUUUUUCGUUUGAUACGAGAGGGAGGUCAAACUGGAAGUUUGAAGAGAAAAAAAAAUGAACCUGUGAAAUUGAGAAAACAAAGUGUAACUUAUGUACAACAGUGAUUCUAAGCUGAGGGGAAAAGAUUAAAUGAUAUUGCUAACUCUG